GACAUCAAUUCCUGGAUGGCAGCACGGCUCUAAUUCCACUUCCACGCCGGAUUUCUAAAACAGGGGUGGGGGGGGCUGGCAAAUAGACAACAACACCGGAUUGAGGAAAUUGACGAGGGCAUACUAUGUGCAAAACAAACUUGUUUAAAGCUGACAGGCAUGCAGCCCGAGCUGUUUCAUUCACUGUCCCAUCUAAGAAGAGAACAGCUCCUCCCUAGUGCACAGCAUCCAGCGUGGGCUUCGCUAUCACUUCAAGUCAUGCGUUUGUACGCGAUCCCAGUGUUCCUGAUGAUGGUGUUUGGAGGUGCUGACGCGUGGGGUCCCGGGGGUAAAUACGCCGUCCACUGUCCGGACAGAUGCUCCACCGCGCAGUGCGGCUCGACGCAGCGCUGUAGGCGCACGGUGCUGGAUGACUGCGGGUGCUGUCAGGUCUGUGCUGCGGGACGGGGAGAGCACUGCUACCGCACCGUGUCCGGGAUGCACGGCGUCAAGUGCGGACCGGGACUCUUCUGUGACUUCUACAAGGACGAGGAUGAUUAUGGAGAUGAAUAUGGCAUCUGUAAAGAAUGCAUGUAUGGGACGUACGGAAUGGAAUGUCGGAAAGCAUGCAACUGUAAAGCAGGUGGACUGUGUGACAGAGAGACGGGCGCUUGUCUGUCCUUUAAAUUCUUGGCUAAAAUGGCCAUGCUGAAAUCUCAUUCAAAUGAAGGUAAUGAACUGGGCUCGGGUGACACGAACACUGAAACCAGCAGCAAUCGGUCCUCCGCUCGCAAUUUCCUCCCCCCUCGCUGACAGAAACUCACACUCUUCAGUUUAGUUAGUGUACAUGUAGCAUAAUAUAUUCAAGGAGCAAACGGAUAUAUUUUAAUAUGUUUAAAAGGAAGACGAUAUGUUUUAUUCUGUAUAUUUUACAGAUGUGUAUGCCAGUUAUGUAUUUAUUCCAAAGCAUGUCACCAUG